UAAGCGAUACGAAGCGAGUCAGCUUGGCGGGGAUGUGUAGCGAUAUUACCGAGAAUUGGUUCAGUCGGAGAGAGAGGUCGGUGCGGGGCGCUCGUGGCUGGCACGGACGGCUCAGCCGCCAGUCAAGCCUCAGCCGUCGGGACGAGCACCAGCACCUCGCUCCCAGUCUCGCCUAAGGCACGCUACCCAGGAAUGGAUUGUUCGCCUGUAUUGUGUCGUCUGAACGAGUCCGGGUCAAGAAGUUCCGCAAGUGAGUUGGAAUUCGUCGUGUAAGAAAAUAAUACAAUAACACGGAGUGCUUUAAAAAGCUUUUAUUGUGACUGAAAACGGAUAUUUACACCGCAAGUGCUUCCUACUACAAUAGUGAAACAUUACUAUGUGCAACAAAUCAAAAUAUACUUGAAACUUGACAUAGAGACUAGAAUUAAUAAGUGCCUAGGUGCCCCAAGAAACCCUUAAACUAUCAAGAAAGUAUUCAUCUCUGGAAUUUAAUACUACAAUCAAGGUGUUGGUGAUCAACAUGUUGGUGUGUCCUGGCUGCCACAUCGGGCUGACGCCAACCCUGCCCGCCCCACAACCCACGCAUCAACUCACGCCCGUCAUGGCCCCCUGCAGCGCCUCCUCCCACUGGGUCACCACCACGCACCUCGCUCCCAGGCACGUGCAGCCGCCCUACGUGUGCGGACGCAUGUUCCAGAUGGGCGGAAUGGCGGCCAUGCGCCCCUGCUUGCCGGUACCCCAUGACGCCUGUCACGUCGUCUGCUGCCUCACCUGUCCCCACGCCUGCCCUACUAUGCGUUCCUGCGCACUCAGUACCAAGCUCCCCUGCGCAGUACCGGAAGCUCGGAGUUCACUACACACUUCCGGCGGGGGAUUAGUCGCCGGGGAGACGGAGACGACGGGACGCAGUGUCUCCCCAGACACCAAGGUCAAUCACCAGGCCUCUCUCAACCCCUUCCUCAAUGCUGCCCCCUCCCAAGCCGCCACGCCUAACACCAGGCCCCAGCCUGACGCCCCUCCACCCCACAGACACAGCCCAUCGCCGCCAGCCCCGAAAGAACCCGAUAGUGUGUGCGACAGCCGGGUGCUGACGGCGACGCGACACGCCCUGGAGGAAAGCGGCUGGUACUACGGUGCUAUCUCGUGGCAACAGGCGGCGGCCAUGUUGCAGGAUACUUCCGUCGGUACUUUCUUGCUACGGGAUUCCGCAAGUCCGCAGUGCCUCUACUCUCUCAGUGUCCAGACUAGCAACGGCCCCACCAGCGUCAGAAUCCACUAUUCCUAUGGUAAAUUCCGGCUGGAUUGCACUGGUCAUAGCCAGAAACACACGCCGGAGUUUGAUGGCGUCGUUUCUCUAGUGGACCACUAUGUCAGCGUGACUUCAACUCAGGUGUGGGUCGACCACGAGGGUAACACCUUCAGCCCCAUCGACAUCAGACGGCCGCUGCGGAGAACGGUGUCUUCCCUGCAGCACCUGUGUCGCCUCGCCCUCAACACCAGCAGCUGCAGCACGCCCUCCGACGCCAUACUCCCUCCUGCCCUCAGGAGCUUCCUCAAGAGAUAUCCCCACGCGUGCUGACCCAGUCUCGCCUUCCACGGACAUGCGUAACUGUGAUCAAGGGCGCUAUUGUUGCUCCGGUAGUAAUGUGGGUGAUGUGGAUUAUUAUUACCGCCACUACCAUAGGUCUAAUACUCUAUACCCACUACGCGAUGACUUAUGAAGAGUCGUACCUUAAGGAUGGUUACAUCCUCGAGAGGGUUACGUCGUUCUUAAACAGACCACGUCGUCUUCAGACAGGGCAAUUCACCCGUCAAGAUGUGGUCAAAAGACUUGAGCACAAAUUCAACUGGAGCUCCUGAUUUAGGGUGCCAAAAACCGACUGUGCGUCUGUGAUCAUUUAUAAAUAUGGUAGCUAAUCGAAGGACCAGUAUUCCCCCCUCCCUCCCUCUCUCCCUCCUCAUUUCACAUACAUUCUUUUCAACACCAAGAUUCUCAAAGCUCUCGUAGAAUACAUUGUUUACUAUGAAACGCAAAAUAAGCAUUUCUAUGAUCUCAAUACAGCCGUAAGUCUCGAGCAUUAGCAGUUAAGCUUCCUAUGUUGAAAAGGAGACGUAUUUUCUUUUUCAAGCUUAACAGUAUGGUUAAGUUAUAAUUUGAGGGUAAGUUUAUGUUGAUGUGUGGCGUGCAACAGUAAGUAUGGGCGUCAAGGGGCACAAAUGUUAUACUAAUUCGAGUGUCUGAAAGCAGGGAUGGUGGGCUAGGCUGCCACAUCACCCAGCCCGUUCUCUCGAGUGUUACAACGUCACAAAAAUGAUGUACUAAAUUGCCCGAACCUAACCUAACCGAGGACCUACGGAGAGAAAACAGGACACCACGUCAAUUUUGCAAGCCCCUACGAUCUUUAGUACAUCAAUUUUUUUGGCCUUAGGGAUUUUAUACGUCAAAAUAUGAUGUAGUAUUCGAGAGGCCGGGUUGUGUAUGUAUCUCCCAGGAAAAAGGUUUCAAUACUAGUGAGGCGACCUCGGCUGCUCUUAGUAGGCUUCCUUCCUCAACGUAUUCUAAAGACGUUUCGAUAUAAUAUAAUAAUGUUUCGUUAAAUAAUAUUUAUCUAUAUUAUAAUGAAAUGUUGGAACAAAGGGAACCCAUCUAUGACUUACCGAUGCCCGUCCUAACUAUUCCAAGGUAGUGUAAUGUGAAGACAGGUAGUUUGUCCAGGUGAAUAGUGAAUAAUUCUAUUCACCAACUUCCUUCUCAAGACAUGAGGGAGAAAGGUAAGGUAAUUAUGCGGAGAAAAGCCUAAGGCAGAAUGACUAGCCCACGCUGAGGAAGAAAUAAUAGUAUGUGUGGAAGGUUCUGGGAACUGGAAGGUUAACUCUGGGCUCAGGCCUUAUAUGAUCUUCUAAAAGAUUGUAAACACGUUGGACCCACACAUACAGGUCACACACUGCCUAGUUGAUGAUGUCUUUUUAUGCUUUUUGUAUCAUUUAAUAGCAGUCUAUUUAUGAUUAUUUAUAUAUAAAUAUAUAUAUAUCUUCACAAGUCACUCAUAGUGAAUAAAUCCCUCCCCUAAGGCUCUCACGCACAACAAUAUGGAGGUCAACUAUGCCACAGCUACUUAAGAUACAAUGUAUUAUUAGUAUUUAGUUACGCUGCAGAACAAUAGAUGGCGCGCGCGCUGUCACAGGAGCUUCCAGUUUCUCUUAUUAUUGUCAACAUUUACGUUGCUGCAUAUCUUCCUCAUGUAUCGGCCGUAGCAUAGGGAGUUGACAAUUGCUCUACUCGUGUACCAUAGAUUAAAUGAUUUAGGCAAGAAAGAAAAAUAUGUAAGUCAGUCAUUAUUUGAGCUGUGAUCCACGGUGUUAUCCAGCGACAUGCGAAGGUUGCACUUCUUGGUUGGCGAUGCGCCUUGCCAGUGAAGGCAGGUCAUGCGCGCGCAGUUAAAUCCUACUUCAUCAAAAAACUUAAACCCUCUCAAGUCACUUAAUUCUCACUCGAACUACACACCGCUACCUAUAUACCCUCUCAAUGAGCAAAACCCAUGUGGUUGACAUACAUAUCUCUUUUUUUUAACAAACUUUGCGAGAGUAACUCAAAAGUUGCUUUUUUUUGAGUGGCGGGAAAAAAUAGAAGUUCAAAAGCUGCUUUUACUCAAGUGCUCGUAACGCCAAGUGCUUCAAGAAGUGCAUCCCAAGUGUGUGUGUCGAGGGGUAACGGCCACUAUAGUUUAUAAGAACGCGGGUUCGCGUGAGUCAUGUAAUGUCAGGGUGAUAACGGUUACAAAUUUUGUAAGAAAAGGCAAAAAUUAUUUUUAUUAGAAACGUAUAUAUGGAACAGAACUCGAGAACAAGACCAAACAAAACAAAACAAAAAAAAAAUCUCGUUGGGUAUUUAUAUUGUUGGAAUUUUGAUACCAUCUUCUUGCUUUUGUCGGCGUAUCAACAAACUCUUAGAAAAGUUAUUUUAUAUAAAUAACUUAUUUGUAUAAAUAACUUUUCUUAAAGAGUUAUUUUCAGGACUAGUAUUUUUAUAAAUGAAACUUGUCAUAUAAUUUGUUCUUUCUAUUUAAUUUGAUUGUCACUUGUAAUGUCGUUAGCAGACAUGACAGACCUUAGUUACCUCAUUAUUUAAGGUAUGGUAAUGUCGCUGCCUGUGUAGGGCAGCGACUGAAAAUAAUGUGUAUUUAUCUACGUUACCACAAGUCUAUUGUGAAUAAAAUAUAUUUUGACGUA